ACAGAGAAGCAGGAGGAGCAGGACAAGGCAAAAAGCUAAAAACGACAAAGGAGGAGGGAAGCUUCGCUGCAUGCACGGCGGAGGAGGCGCUCCCACCGUAAAAAAAACUCAGAACCACUCGCUCCUCCGGAUCACGAUUCGAACGUCCCCCCCCCCCAAUCCCUUUCCCUCUCUCUCUCUCUCUCUGCUGUACUCUCCUUUCGACGAAGCUGCGCGAGGCGUACUGGCAAAUUUUGGGGAGUGAGUGAGUGACGCGACGAGAAUCGACCGGCGCGGGUCGAUUCCCGCAUUCAUUCAUCCGUCCCGGUUCUCUCAGUCCCGCCGCCUCUCCAUUUCGCGAUUCCAGGCUCGCUCGAGAUCCGGAUCUAGUUUGGUCCGUCCCCCCCCCCCGAGGAUGGGAAGCGCCGAGGAGAGAGUGGUCGCCGUCAUCAUGGUCGGCGGCCCCACCAAAGGUACUCGAUUUCGGCCGCUGUCGCUGAAUAUUCCGAAGCCGCUUUUCCCUUUAGCGGGGCAGCCCAUGGUUCACCAUCCAAUCUCUGCUUGUAAAAGAAUUCCAAAUCUAGCUCAGAUCUAUCUCGUGGGUUUCUAUGAGGAGCGUGAAUUCGCGCUGUACGUGUCCUCGAUUUCGAACGAACUUAAGGUCCCCGUCAGAUAUCUAAAGGAAGACAAGCCACAUGGUUCUGCUGGUGGUCUGUAUAACUUCAGAGAUCUGAUAAUGGAAGACAGCCCGUCUCAUAUCUUCUUGCUGAACUGCGAUGUUUGCUGCAGUUUCCCAUUGCCAGAAAUGCUUGAGGCUCAUAUAAGUUACGGUGCGAUGGGAACCCUUCUCGUGAUUAAGGUCUCUGCAGAAUCAGCAAGCCAGUUUGGUGAACUUAUAGCUGAUCCAAGUACCAAAGAGUUGUUGCAUUACACAGAGAAACCAGAGACAUUUGUGAGUGACCUGAUAAAUUGUGGUGUUUACAUAUUUACACCAGAAAUAUUCAGUGCCAUCCGCAAUGUGUCCACUCAACGGAAAGACAGAGCCAAUUUGAAACGUGUAUCCAGCUUUGAGGCCUUACAACCAGCGACAAGAAAUCUCCCCACAGAUUUCAUGCGAUUGGAUCAAGAUAUCUUAUCACCUCUAGCUGGAAAAAGGCAGCUAUAUACAUAUGAAACCAUGGACUUCUGGGAACAAAUAAAGACUCCAGGAAUGUCCUUAAAAUGUUCAGGUUUGUAUCUUGCACAGUUUCGCUCAACCUCUCCCCAUCUUUUGGCAAGUGGAGAUGGUACAAAGGGUGCUACCAUUAUUGGUGAUGUCUAUAUUCAUCCAUCGGCGAAAGUGCACCCAACUGCCAAGAUUGGACCUAAUGUCUCCAUAUCAGCUAACGCACGCGUAGGAGCAGGUGCCAGGCUCAUGAAUUGUAUCAUCCUCGAUGAUGUCGAGAUCAAGGAAAAUGCAGUGGUUACUCAUUCAAUUAUUGGGUGGAAAUCUUCCAUUGGGAAAUGGUCACGUGCCCAGGGUGGAGGAGACUACAAUGCGAAGCUUGGAAUAACAAUCCUCGGUGAAGCUGUGACCGUUGAAGAUGAGGUGGUGGUAAUCAAUAGCAUCGUCCUUCCCAACAAGACUAUGAAUAUCAGUGUUCAAGAGGAGAUAAUUUUAUGAUACAGCUACUCGGCAAAACAAUAAUAAUGGUGAUACUGGCGGAUAGCACCUGAUGGAUGGUUCAGAUGAUUGAUGAAUUCGACACUGGGUGCUGGAAUAAGGGUUUAAGCUGAGAUUAACGACCCGAAGAUAGAAUCUGCCAUUCUCAUUGUUGUGCUUGUAUGUUUUACUAUUGAACUGUAAAAAGCUCUCAGAUUACUAGCUUAUCGUGGGCUGUAUAUGGUGUAUUUGAAACUAGAGCAGAAUGUGUGACAUAUUUCCUGGUUAUUCAGACAUGGUAAUGAGAAAGACCGUGAGGGAUCUUUUCUUGAA